AAAAAAGCUCAGGAGCAGGUGAUGUGGUUUAAAAGAGGUUAAGAAUGGAAGGAAAUAUGGUUUUCAGUCCUUAAAGGGACAAUGAAUUUUGUUCGUUGGUUUGUUUUUUGUCGUACUGGGCACUGAACCCAGGGUUUCAUGUAUGCUGAGCAAACACUGAACCACUGAGCUACAUCCUCAGCCCGACAGUGAAUUUUGAUCAUCUGGAAAUGCUUGUGCAUGGAAUUCCUCCUAUCUGACAGUGGCUGAUAAACAAUCUCUCUAGAUAUUAGUGUUGCUCGGAGGGGGUCACAGGUAAUUUUGCUUCUUUCUGUAGCAAUCCUGAUGUGAUGGGGAUCCAGUCACAGGGGGUGAGAGGUCUCAGAAACAGUGGUGGUCUGAGAUGAGGGUAUUCAGAACAUUCUGGAACUUAUCUUUAGCUAAUCCUUGUGACUUUGCCAAAAAGUCACAUUAUUUGUGAUAAUGUGGCCAAAUACUAAGAAUGAACAUUGAUUCCCCGUGUUCUACAUGCCAGGUAGUGCCCUAAGUGGUUCCGUUUGUGAACCCACUUCAUUUGUGUGAUAAUCCCAUAUGGUGAGUGCUGCCACCCUAGCCCAUUUCACAGAUGAGAAGACCAAGGCACUGCAAGAUUAAAGAGCAACAGUGCUAGGACUUGGGUGGCCAGCCUCAGGGCCUGUGUGCACUGCCACCACCCAGCAAGUGCGCUUUUAAUCCGUUAGCCAGGUUAAAGGCCUAGCACUCCUCCACUGCACAGUGUGUUGCCCCACAUGAACAGACAGGGCUUGAUGUAUCCCCGAAGUCCACCAAAAGCUGGAGGGGCAAAAGCCAUCAGAUUCUAUUGGGGGCUGGGGGAAGGACAAUGUAGGCCUACCUUCUCCCUAGAGAGGCCUCAGCUGGAUGGAAUUUGUCUAUAUUUAGCAGGUGGCUGACAGGAGACAGAUAAGCAGAGCUGAGGGGGGUGGGUCCUCAUAUAUAGUGGGGAGGACAAGACCCCGCUCAGUCCAUCCUUGGGUGGCCCAUGCCUGCUUGGUGACUCGUGUGACCUCUCUCAAGAUGCCUGAGCCAGGGAAGAAGCCAGUGUCAGCCUUCAGCAAGAAGCCACGGUCAGUGGAGGUGACCCCAGGCAGCCCUGCCACAUUCGAGGUGGAGACCGAGAAGGCAGGGGUGAAGGUGCGCUGGCAGCGGGAAGGCAGUGACAUCAGCGCCAGUGACAAGUAUGGCCUGGCAACCGAGGGCAGGCGGCACAUGCUGACAGUGCGGAAUGUGGGUCCUGCAGACCAGGGCUCCUAUGCAGUCAUAGCUGGCUUCUCCAAGGUCAAAUUUGACCUCAAGGUCACAGAAGCAGAGAAGGCAGAGCCUAGUUCAGCUCCACCUCCAGCUCCUGCUGAGGCCCUAGGAGCCCUUGGAGAAACUCCAGUCCCAACCACUGAGCUGGAAGGCAGCACCCCAAAUCCCAAAGGUGAGAGCUCAGCAGCCCCCAAUGGACCUGGCCCUGGGGGUCCUACAAUCCCUGACGACCCUAUCGGUCUCUUCGUAAUGCGGCCUCAGGAUGGCGAGGUGACCGUGGGUGGCAGCAUUACCUUCUCAGCCCGUGUGGCCGGAGCCAGCCUCCUAAAACCACCCAUGGUCAAGUGGUUCAAGGGCAAGUGGGUGGACCUGAGCAGCAAGGUGGGCCAGCACCUGCAGCUGCAUGACAGCUACGACCGGACCAGUAAGGUCUACCUGUUUGAGCUGCACAUCACUGAUGCUCAGGCCACCUCUGCUGGGGGCUACCGCUGCGAAGUGUCUACCAAGGACAAAUUUGACAGCUGCAACUUCAACCUCACCGUCCAUGAGGCCGUUGGUCCCGGAGACCUGGACCUGCGAUCAGCCUUCCGUCGCACGAGCCUGGGUGGAGCAGGUCGGCGAACCAGUGACAGCCACGAGGAUGCUGGGAUUCUGGACUUCAGCUCCCUGCUGAAGAAGAGCAGCAGUUUCCGGACCCCGCGGGACGCAAAGCUGGAGGCACCGCCAGAGGAGGACGUGUGGGAGAUCCUGCGGCAGGCACCCCCGUCCGAGUAUGAGCGCAUCGCCUUCCAGCAUGGUGUGACCGACCUGCGAGGCAUGCUGAAAAGGCUCAAGGGCAUGAAGCGAGAUGAGAAGAAGAGCACAGCCUUUCAGAAGAAGCUGGAGCCAGCUUACCAGGUGAGCAAGGGUCACAAGAUCCGGCUGACCGUGGAGCUGGCCGACCCUGAUGCUGAGGUCAAGUGGCUGAAGAAUGGACAGGAGAUCCAGAUGAGUGGCAGCAAGUACAUCUUCGAGUCCAUCGGCGCCAAGCGCACCCUGACCAUCAGCCAGUGCUCGCUGGCGGACGACGCAGCCUACCAGUGCGUGGUGGGCAGUGAGAAGUGCAGCACAGAGCUCUUUGUCAAAGAGCCCCCAGUGUUGAUCACACGCCCCCUGGAGGACCAGCUGGUGAUGGUGGGACAGCGGGUGGAGUUUGAAUGUGAAGUGUCUGAGGAGGGGGCCCAGGUCAAAUGGCUGAAGGACGGGGUGGAGCUGACCCGGGAGGAGACCUUCAAAUACCGGUUCAAGAAGGACGGGCGGAAACACCACCUGAUUAUCAAUGAGGCGAUGCUGGAGGACGCAGGGCACUAUGCACUGUGCACUAGUGGGGGCCAGGCGCUGGCUGAGCUCAUUGUGCAGGAGAAAAAGCUGGAGGUGUACCAGAGCAUCGCGGACCUGGCAGUGGGCGCCAAGGACCAGGCCGUGUUCAAAUGUGAGGUCUCAGAUGAGAAUGUGCGGGGCGUGUGGCUGAAGAACGGGAAGGAGCUGGUGCCUGAUAACCGAAUAAAGGUGUCCCACAUUGGGCGGGUCCACAAACUGACCAUUGAUGAUGUCACACCUGCUGAUGAGGCCGACUACAGUUUUGUGCCUGAGGGCUUUGCCUGCAACCUGUCAGCUAAACUCCACUUCAUGGAGGUCAAGAUUGACUUCGUGCCCAGGCAAGAACCUCCCAAGAUCCACCUAGACUGCCCAGGCCGUACACCAGACACCAUUGUGGUUGUGGCUGGAAACAAGCUACGCCUGGAUGUCCCUAUCUCUGGGGAUCCUGCUCCCACUGUGAUCUGGCAGAAGACCAUCUCACAGGGGAAGAAAGCCUCAGCUGGGCCAGCUUCUGACGUCCCAGAAGACACAGGUGCCAGCGAAGAGUGGCUGUUUGAUAAGAAGCUGCUGUGUGAGACGGAGGGCCGGGUACGUGUGGAAACCACCAAGGACCGCAGCAUUUUUACAGUUGAGGGGGCAGAAAAGGAAGAUGAGGGUGUCUACACUGUCACCGUGAAGAACCCGGUAGGCGAGGACCAGGUCAACCUCACAGUCAAAGUCAUCGACGUGCCAGAUGCUCCUGCGGCCCCCGAGAUCAGCGACGUGGGCGAGGACUCCUGCACGGUGCGGUGGGAGCCGCCUGCCUACGACGGCGGGCAGCCGAUCCUGGGCUACAUCCUGGAGCGCAAGAAGAAGAAGAGCUACCGCUGGAUGCGGCUCAACUUCGACCUGCUGCAGGAGCUGAGCCACGAGGCGCGGCGCAUGAUCGAGGGCGUGGCCUACGAGAUGCGCGUCUACGCCGUCAACGCGGUGGGCGUGUCCAGGCCGAGCCCCGCCUCCCAGCCCUUCAUGCCCGUCGGCCCUCCUGGUGAACCCACCCACCUGGCAGUGGAGGAUAUGUCUGACACCACGGUCUCGCUCAAGUGGAGGCCUCCAGAGCGCAUGGGCGCAGGUGGUCUGGACGGCUACAGUGUGGAGUACUGCCAGGAGGGCUACUCAGAGUGGGUGGCUGCCCUGCAGGGGCUGACAGAGCACACGUCAUUACUGGUGAAGGACCUGCCCACUGGGGCUCGGUUACUGUUCCGCGUUCGGGCGCAUAAUGUGACAGGGCCUGGAGGCCCUGUCACCACCAAGGAGCCUGUGACAGUGCAGGAGAUACUACAACGGCCACGAUUGCAGCUGCCCAGGCACCUGCGCCAGACCAUCCAGAGGAAGGUUGGGGAGCCUGUGAACCUCCUUAUUCCUUUCCAGGGCAAGCCUCGGCCUCAGGUGACCUGGACCAAAGAGGGGCAGCCACUGGCAGGUGAGGAGGUGAGCGUCCGCAACAGCUCCACAGACACCAUCCUGUUCAUCCGGGCUGCCUGCCGCACCCACUCAGGCACCUACCAGGUGACAGUGCGCAUCGAGAACAUGGAGGACAAAGCCACGCUGGUCCUGCAGAUCGUGGACAAGCCAAGUCCUCCCCAGGAUAUUCGGGUCACUGAUUCUUGGGGUUUCAGUGUGGCUCUGGAGUGGAAGCCACCCCAGGAUGAUGGCAACACAGAAAUCUGGGGUUACAUAGUACAGAAAGCUGAUAAGAAGACCAUGGAGUGGUUCACUGUCUUGGAGCACUACCGCCGCACCCACUGUGUGGUGUCAGAGCUCAUCGUUGGCAAUGGCUAUUACUUUCGGGUCUUCAGCCAUAACAUGGUAGGUCCCAGUGACACAGCUGCCACCACCAAGGAACCUGUCUUUAUUCCCAAACCAGGCAUCACAUAUGAGCCACCCAAAUACAAAACUCUGGACUUCUCCGAGGCCCCAAGCUUCACCCAGCCCCUGGCGAACCGCUCGGUCAUUGCAGGCUACAACACUGUACUCUGCUGUGCUGUCCGGGGUACACCCAAGCCCAAGAUUUCCUGGUUCAAGAAUGGCCUGGACUUGGGAGAAAAUGCCCGCUUCCGCAUGCUCAGCAAGCAAGGAGUGCUGACCCUGGAGAUCCGGAAGCCUUGCCUCUUUGAUGGCGGUGUCUAUGUCUGCAGGGCCACCAACUUGCAGGGUGAGGCACAGUGUGAGUGCCGCCUAGAGGUGCGAGGUGAGUGCCUGUUGGGUGAGGGCUUGGGAGGUGGAGAGAUCAGGGUGGUGGCAGGAGCCCUGGCCUUGGCUGUGCUGUCCUGGCCCAUGCAGCAGCACUGGCCCUGGCCUGUUGUAUGGGCCCUGGCAUUUGGAGUGGGUAUUGGUCCUGGCUUCUGGAAGGCUAGGAAAGUACAUGGUAUGGCUCUUUUCCUCUUCCAGUGCCUCAGUGACCAGGCUGGCUCCCUAGGGAUGGCCAGGUAUGUUCUCCAACCACCCUGCUAACCUAGGCCUGAGUCAGAGGCUGAACCCUGGCCCUUGGUCCAGGGGUGGCCAUCAGGAAACAGGGUGCAGGAGACCUCAG